AUGGCAAUCAAGUUGGUGGUUCUCUCUUGCCUUUUGGCUUUCGCUCACGGCAGUGGAGUGCCGGCAGCAAUUGCAGCUCCUGUUGCGUACACGGCACCUGCCGUUGCAGCCAGGAUCGAAGAGUUUGACCCAUUGCCACAAUACAGGUUCGGUUACGAAGUAGCCGCUGUUGCCGGACGUGCACCAGUAUUUGCCCGAUAUGCCGCUGCCCCUGUUGUUGCUCGGUAUGCCGCUGCCCCUGUUGUUGCUCGGUAUGCCACUGCUCCUGUAGUAGCUCCACUUGGUGCCUAUAGAGCACCUGUUUCCGCAGCAUACACUACCUCAGUGUCUGCAGCGUAUUCUGCUUACCCAGCAGCGGCAUACACCGCCGCUUAUGCAGCCCCUCUUCCUCAAGUCGCUGCUGCUUACUCUGCACCAAUCAGGACUGCAUACACCGCUCCAGUUCCGGCUGCAUACACCGCCCCCUUGGCUGCCUACACUGCACCAGUGGCGCGUGCAGUCGCGCGUCCCACGGCGGCAGCACCAGCUGUAUCUACUGUUCGCGCUGCUCCUUCAAAACUUGUGGAGCCAGUUGCCGCAGCCGGUUACAGAUACCCUUGA